AUGACAGCAAGAAAAAGAAAAAACAAGGAGGAAGUUGAGGUUGAGGAGAGCAAGAAAGAGAAAGAGAGUGAGAUGGAAGAGGAGAAGAGCAAGAAAAGGAAAGAAGAGAAAGAGAAUGACAAUGAGCAUAAGCUUGAGAGGGAACUUGAGAAGGAGCAUGAGCUUGAGAAGGAACUUAAGAAGGAGCCUGAGAAAGAGCUUGGGCUACAGAAGGAGCAUGAGAAGGAGCUUGGGCUAGAGAAGGAGCCUGAAAAGGAACAUGAUCUAGAGAAGGAGCCUGAGAAGGAGUCUGAGAAGGAGCUAGAGCUAGAGGUUGGGAAUGAGCUAGAGAAGGAACCUGAUGUACAGAAGGAGCCUGAUCUGCUUGAGAAGGAGCUUGAUCAUGAGCAACCAUCAAUUGAUCAUGAAUCAACUAACCAACCAUCAACUAAACAACCAAGUCAUGUCAUGAACAUUGAGUCCACAAGUGAUAAGUCAGAACUAGAUCAAUCAUUCAUUGAUGUGAUUGUUAAAAAUUUGGUGUAUACUAGGGAAGGUGAUGUUGAAGGUGAUGUUCAUAAGGGGGAAGGUAUCCCUGAUGUUGAGAAAGAGAACAAGGAUGUUCAAAAGGGGGAUGGUUAUGUUCAAAAGGGGGAAGGUGAUGUUGAAGGUGAUGUUCAAAUGGGGCAAGCUAUCCCUGAUGUUGAGAAAGAGAACAAGGAUGUUCCAAAGGGGGACGGUGAUGUUCCAAAGGGGGAAGGUGAUGUUCCAAAGGGGGAAUUUUAUGUUGAAGGUGAUGUUACAAAGGAGAAAAAGAACAAGGAUGUUCCAACAGCAGAAUAG